AUGAGAGAAAGCUCAGUGUAUAUAAAAAGAAGCUCUAGGACCAGGAGACACUAUGGGGACUGCUUAGGAAUCUGCGAUAGCGGGUCUCACCGGAGUGCAACCCUACAUAUAGAGCAAGCCUUCGCACGGGAGGCUUUAAUCCAAUUUCUAGAAGCUGUAUUAGUGAUUUUACCGGAAUUCUAUACAGCCUGGAUUGUUAUAGCUGAGAUAGCCUCUGCUAGUGAGAGAAGCGAGGAAGAAAGAUAG